AUAUGUGACCAUUUCAAUAAAUAAAACAGAAAUGAUCAAUCUGUGUGAAGUAGAGGUCUACGCCCCUGUUCAGGAAGAAGAAAAUGUGGCCCUUGGUAAACGCUCCACUCAGUCAUCCACGGACCAUGGUGGUGUUGCCUCCAGAGGGAAUGACGGAAAUCCAGAUCCGGUCUAUGGGAAUGGCUCCUGCUUCCACACAGCGUGGGAAAUGAAGCCCUGGUGGAGGGUAGACCUGUAUGCUCGUCACAAUAUCUCCUCUGUGGUUGUGACUAACAGACAAGCUGGUUGGCAAAGCAUCAAUGGCGCAGAGAUUCGCAUUGGAAACUACUUGAAAGACAAUGGCAACAGUAAUCCAUUGUGUGCUCAGAUUCCCAGUAUCCCUGCAGGGAAAACUGUUACCUAUCACUGCCACGGGAUGGAAGGACGAUACGUGACCAUUUCAAUCAACAAAAAUAUAAGUAUCCAUCUGUGUGAAGUAGAGAUCUACGCCCCUGUUGCUCAUGAAGAUGUGGAUGAGUGUGCCGAAAACGCAUGUGGUGCCUACUCUGAGUGCUACAACACUCCAGGAAGUUAUUACUGUAUCUGCCUGGAUGGGUACAUUGCCUCUUCAGGACUUACCUGGGAGGAUGGAGUUACUGUGUGCACGAGGCCAGUCACGUGA